AUGUCGCAUCCCAUCGAGCCAGAAGAAUUCUACAGGCCACUGAUCGACGGCACACUGAACAUUAUGGUCUCAUUGGGUCACUCCAAUCCCGACCUUACAGCCAACGGAUUGAUGGCUUCCAGCAUCUGUCAGGAGGAAAAUGUAGCUGAACCCUCCCGUGACCCACAGAUCACGUCCAGCUAUCAGCACAUUCGAACAGGUAUCCAAGAGCAAAAGUGGCCUCAAACGAAUGAGCCCGAACUACGCGAUGAGGACGGCAACUCCAUAUUUGCCAAAUUUCUGACCCGUAGCGCGGACGAAUGUGAUUAUACCUGUCGCUUUGAUGGAUGUGCAAAGGCAUACUCUCGACACGACCGGGCCAUCACCCAUAUUCGAAGGCAUUUCCAACACAGACCAUUUAUAUGUGGCGGAUCUUGUGGCGUCGACCUAUGUGAAGAGCGCUUCUAUCAUAAGUCAUCUCUCGACUCGCACAUCGGCUGUGCUUCACCUUACAAUCAAAACAAGGGCCUUUAUGACGAGACUCCUGGACCCGCCAUCUAUGAUCCCGCAAUGUUCGAACCCGUAUUCACGGAUAGUACUCCCAAUACCCUGCAACCAGUCGAAAUGCCCUUUACGAAUUUCGAGCCUAUGCGCGGCGACCACCGACAAGUCGGAGCUUCAUAUCCAUUUCCCCCCUUUAUCUUGGACAUCCCUCAGUAUCUUGUUCCAAAUGUCCCAGAACCUUCCCGUGUCAAUAUCAUAGGCGGCUUCGUCCCACCCCUUCAAACUUACAACCACCCUCGACCACCCGAACCUGCGGUAUUGCCUGCGUAUCACGCGAAUAUGAUACAGCACACUCCUCUAAUUGGCUCCGCAUCGACAUCCUCGUUCAACAUGCCAUUCGAGCUCCACAAUCCGGAUCCGCAGUUACGAGCCACUCCCCUUUCCGCCCAUAGCAUCCAUCUCCUCGAGACAAACUUUCGUGAUCCAAUCAAGCUGGAGCUACGGAACUUUCUGCACGUAGUUCUCACAUCACCGUGGUUCCAUGCCGACGAACUCGAGCCUCAGAACGACUCCCAGCAUACCGCUGUCUAUUCGAUCACUGUCACAAGGUGUUUGACCGGCAAGAUCGCGCUCUCGGGCACAUCCGUGGUCACCAUCUUGGGCAUCUGCCUUUCGCCUGUCCGGGAGGAUGUCUGGCUGGAAAUUGUGCAGAACGAUUUUGCUCCUUGCAGUAUCUCCAGGCCCAUCGUAACCGUCGCAAAGUCAUCUGCCCUGCCUGCUUCCGGUAUGCUCGCAAAACUUGAAGAGACACGAAACUACGUGCCCUGA